AUGGCAGAAAACAAGGAGCCUCCGACGACCACCACGGUCCCCUCCGAGCCCACCAUCUCAUCCUCGCCCUCGGCAUCAUCAUCCACACCACCCUCUGCGCCCUCCCAGCCAAACCAAAAGAAUGUCCUCCUAAAGUUACGCGCUUUGAUACUGCACUACCUAACCGUCUCUCUCCGCAAAACCGACCGAACCAUCCUCCGUCUCUCAUCACUCCUGUCCAACCCAACAACAACAGACAACCUACUCUGCACAACCAGCUACACCCUCUCGCUCCUCCACGCUCUUCUUUCCCGCCUUCUUGCGCGACGCCUCUCUACAAUAGCGACCUCCAUCGCAGAAAAAGCCUCUCCGGUCCUCCUCCCCGGCGAAACUAUCGUUGCGACCCUCCCCGCUCCCCCUCUCACGCAGCUGCUGGCGCAAACAACCGCCAGCGUGAAAGCUCUUGCGGGGGCGAUUAGCGAUUACCGUAUCUUUGUACGGUUAUGGGGUAUGCUGGGAAUUUACACGUGGGCGCGGGGUACAUGGAAUGAGCCCCUGCCACAAAACGCGGGGCGGAAAGAAACGUUGCUGAGGGGUGUGACGUGGGGUGCGAUCGCGAGCUGUGUGGGGUUUCAGUUAUUAGAGAACGGGGCGUACUUGGCCAGUAAAGGGGUCCUGACGGGAGAAGGGUGGGCAGGUGAGCAGGGGAGGAAGAGGGAGGGUGCAUGGUGGAUUUGGAGCAGUCGUUUCUGGGCUGCUUUUGUUUUGCUGGAACUCACGCGACUGGGCGUUGUGAAGUACUACGAGCGCGCCGAAACAAGGUCGUCUGUGGAUUUGGAGGGUGAAAAGAGUGUGCUGGAGGAUGGUGAGAAGGAGGCUAAACUGUUGAAAGAGGAGAAGAGAAAGAGUGCAGUGCUUUGGUGGAGGGACUUGGCGAGCAAUCUGGCAUAUAUGCCUAUGACGCUGCAUUGGAGCGUUGAAGAAGAAAGGGGAAUAUUGAGUGAUUGGGGUGUCGGAGCUUUGGGUGCAGUUGCUGGCGGUGCCAACCUUCUUCAUGCUUGGAGGAAUACCGCAUGA